GACUGUAGAUGGUUUGCUAUGUUUUUACUGUUUUUAAAUCACGCGAUUUUGACUGAUUUACUUUACGCUAAGAAAACUUGAUUUAUGAAUGGUAUUCCCGGACUAUGCUAGUUUCUCUACAGAUUCUCGGUUUGCUGAUGUUACAGAACAACCAUGCCCCUGACAGAGAAUGAUCAACAAAAACAACAAGCGUCCAAAUCGGGCAAUGGGAAGAAAAAAACACUGGUGGCUUUAAGGAAUGCUAUAACGUAUUUCACUGACGCAAGGUCAAGUGCCAAGUAUAGAGGAAAUCUAAAUUUACAUCUAGCAUUGGAAAACAUUGAACAGUCCUCCCGGAGCAGUGGUCUGACACCUCCUCAUAUUCUGAAACUUGUUAAAAGCAUUACCACAGGAAAAUGGACUGAAAUUGUUAGUUCUCGCCUUAUUAGGUCCUUGAUCCCUGCUGCACAUGUUCCACAUAAUGCUGUGGUUUUUGCCGUGUCCAGCCUAUCGGCGAAAAACAUAUCUGACAAUAUGAAGUGUCUUUUUGUGAGAUGGAUGGUCUUAAUAUAUGAAUAUGUAGAUAAUAAAGACACACUGCAUUCACUCUACGGAAUCCUGUUCCUUUUUCUAGACAGUGACAUCUUGUGUGUACAUAUAUGCCGUUUGUUGUAUCUUAUGACACAAAGGGGAGAUGUGAAACAAUAUCGUGUGCGUAAACUACUAGAUAUCCAGUCUAAAGUAGGAGUACAGCCACAUAUUAUGGCGCUGUUGUCAGUUUACAAACUGUACUCUCCUAACAUGGUCACAGUGUCUAGCCGCAUCGGUAAUCAGUCCUACUUCAAACAGAGUGAUCAGAAAUGGGCUCAGAUAAUUCAUUUAGUACAAGAGAAGAAUAAACGACUGAAUGAAGAUGAGGAUGAAGCUGAGGAUGCAAAUGAACCAUCCUCUAGAGCAUUGGAUGUCCAUCAACCUAGGAAACGACGCAAGCUUGAUGUCAUCCCUGUACUUGAAACUAUCGACAGAAAUGAACGCGUGCCACAAAGUGUCAAGUCUCUUAGGAAGCGUAUGGUGCCGUUAGAGCAAAUAGAGAAUUUCAAACAGUUACUACAAAACAUUGAUGUAGUUGUGCUUCCCAAUCGAAUAGCAUCUAUUCUACAGUCUCCUCAUCUCUACCAUGUAUUGACACUGUUUCCUGACAAGACUAUUGCUCCAAGGCUUAGUUACUGGAUACAUGUAUCCCUAUACAGAGAAAUCAUUGCAUAUCCCAAAAGCGGUGAAAAUCCUAAAGCUACAGCUCUACUGCAAGUGAUCACUGAUUUUACAGAUCACCUCCAAGUAAGUUAA